UAGAUGCCAUCGGUGGCCAAGCUUCUUGACGACUUAACGAAUCAAUUGGGUGUUGGACGGAAUUGGAAGGUGUCAAUCUGUUUCUAUCUAUCCGACUCAGCGUCUUGCUGACCGUGCUAUGCUCUGUAUAGAGGCACACAGCCCGUGCCUCUCAACCUUCGUCUCGCAUUGCAGAGCAAAUCAAAGGGAUUCUUCGUUUGAACUUGUACAAUCACAAGGCGAAACGACGUGAAGGCACCUGUUAUGCAGGUCUCCUUCACGAGCAUUCGUGUGCUCAGCCGGAGUGUGUUCGGCUCAUUUAGAUUACUUCAUGUGAGCGCGGUUCGACCCAGCAGUAUGGCUCCAAUUGAGAAGACGAAGGACGGUUAUGAUUAUGAUUUCGUAGUCAUAGGAGGUGGAUCUGGAGGAUUAGCUUCGGCGAAAGAAGCUGCUGCUUUGGGUCUAAAGACGGCCGUACUAAAUUAUGUGACCCCUUCGACGCAGAAUACAACAUGGGGCCUUGGUGGAACCUGCGUUAAUGUAGGUUGCAUCCCAAAGAAGCUUUACCAUACAGCUGCCCUACUUGGUGAUGAAUUGAAAGACGCACGGAAGUAUGGGUGGGAAUUCUCUGAGACCCUAACCCAUAACUGGGAUACGCUGCGGUCCGGCGUGACAGACUACAUCAAGUCAUUAAACUGGAUCCAUCGUGUUAGUCUUCGUAACGCUAAGAUCGACUACUACAAUAUGGAGGGCUCAUUCAUCGACGUGCAUACGGUCAAAAUGAAAUCCGCUGGGGGCGCGGAGAGGCAGAUCACGUCGAAGUGGUUCCUUCUUUCGGUAGGUGGAAGGCCGACGUUGCCCGACGAUGUUCCUGGCGCUAAGGAGUAUGCGAUCACGUCCGAUGAUAUUUUCCAUAUGCAAAAUGCGCCUGGCAAAACAUUCGUCGUUGGAGGUAGUUAUGUGGCGUUGGAGUGCGCGGGUUUUCUCACUGGCCUCGGAUAUGAAACACAGGUGUGCUUGCGGUCAAUUCCUCUACGAGGUUUUGACCAGCAGAUGGCCGGGAUGGUUGUGGAUUAUAUGGAGAAGCACGGUACGAAAUUCCAUAGAGGCUGUGUUCCCACGUUAGUCGAAAAGCAGCCUGACGGCAAGUUCCACGUUGAGUGGAAAAACACGGCUUCUGAUGAAGUGGGAAGUGACACCUUUGAUUCCGUUCUGUUCGCUAUUGGUCGACAUGCUUUAACUAAGGUACUCAAUCUUGAAGCUGUCGGCGUCAAGACCGAUUCGAAAGGCAAGGUCAUCACGGACGACGAAGAGCGCACAACAGCAAGUAACAUAUAUGCAUUGGGCGAUAUCCUCGUUGAUAAACCGGAGCUGACACCGGUCGCCGCUCGAACUGGUCGCCUGAUUGCACGCCGUCUUGCCGGCACGUCAACAGAGAAAAUGAACUAUGAUCUUGUUGCAACGACUGUAUUUACGCCAAUCGAAUAUGCUUGCUGCGGACUCUCUGAGGAGGACGCUAUUAAGAAAUACGGCCAAGACAAUAUCGAGGUGUGGCACUCAUUCUACAAACCUCACACGUUCCCGAUUGCUGAGCGCAGCAAUGAGCACUGCUACAUUAAGUAUAUCGGUAACAUAAAAGAGAACAACAAGAUUAUCGGAAUGCAUUUCCUUGGCCAGAUGGCAGGUGAAGUAAUGCAAGGCUUCGCAGCUGCUAUGAAAGUGGGUAUUACUCGUGCACAAAUCGAAGAGACUAUUGGAAUUCAUCCGACAGUUGCUGAAGAAAUUGUCAAGGUGGACGUUACCAAGAGGUCAGGCAUUGAUCCCACCUGCGCUAAGUGCUGCGGGUGAGCUUUGCAUCUUCAUUUCUGUUCACUGGCACACUGUUCUCAUCUGUACGCUGCAGCGGCAGUGGCGGUCAGAGCAGCCCUGACAAAUCACAUGGGACACCGGCUGGGAAGUUCUUGUAUAGCUUACCAUUCAGUUUACGUAACAACGAUAAUAAUACGCAACAGCAUUAAUGAGGUAUAACGAGCGUUUAGGAGUCAGUCAAAACGAUUUUUAGACGAUUCAGAACUAGAACAAACUGAUGUUGAGCAAAGACAUAUGUGGGUCAAGAUUAAUUAAACAUAUUCCUUAUUAUUAAAAGUAUUGCGUGUGCUAAUCGAUUUCACAUUUGGCAAAAAGACCUUUACGGAGAGCGAAGGUGAACGCGCAAUCCAGAUCCGAGAAAAACAAAAGCAGUUGUGCUGAACGGAAAUACGUGAACUAUUAUUAGGUUCGGCUCGGGAAAAUUCAGGGGACAUUAAGGCCGCAUUAACAUAAAUAUGAUAUAUAUAUAUAUAUAUAUAUAGUGAUGAACAAGGAGAAAGCAUAUUGCCAUGAUAGUAACAAUGAUAGUUGAAUUGAUGAGCAUGUUUAGCGCUUACGUUUUGACGAUACAUUUUGAUGGUAGAAAGUUUUCUGUAUUCUUUUUUGUGAAACUAAAUCACUUUACACAGUUAUGGAAAUGGAUAAUGUAAUAAGAGAGAUUCAUUUUGAUUAUCUUCCUGUAAAAUGAAAAGCUGUUUGAAUGGUUGUCGAAGUAAGAGAUUCAGUAAGAGAGGUUGAUUUUAAUUAAUGCUUCGGGUUCGACAUCCGGUACUGCCGCUAAACAUUGCUCCAGACGACUAGCACAAAAUUCACGCUCAGUUUCAAAACUAAGCAAAAAAAAUAAAUACAUAUACAUCGUUCUUUGCCUGAUUCCGAAUUAUCUUUGUAAUUCGCAUACAGAACAUUACUGAAUAUUAUGAUUAAUAAAUAUUCUUGCUGCAUUGUUGUU